AUGACUAAACAAAACUACACUUUGCCUCACGGCUCCCGGAUUCUAGUAACUGGUGCGAACGGCUUCAUUGGGAGUAAUGUCGUCCACAGCCUACUUGAACUAGGCUUCAAGGUGCGCGGGACUGUCCGCUCAGCGAAACCAUGGCUCGACAACAUGUUCCGGGAGAAGUUCGGACCGGACGCGUACGAGUCUGUGGUUCUUGCUAACUUUGAGAGUGUGGAUACCCUGGUUGAGGUGAUGGAUGGUGUAUCUGGCGUGGCGCAUGUGGCAUCGGAUGUCAGCUUCAGCUCAAAUCCGGAAGAAGUUGUGCCGUGGGUGUUGAGAGCUGUUCAUAAUGUGCUGGAGGCGGCAUCGAGACAUUGUGAUAUACAGCGGGUUGUUAUGACCUCUUCUUCCAUCACGGCGUUGUUUCCGGAGCCUAAUAAGGAGGGGAUUGUUAUUCGUAAGGAUUCCUGGAAUGACGAGGCUAUCAAGCAAGCCUAUAAUCCGGAUGCCCCGCAGCAUAUGAAGGGUCUUUUCACCUACGCUGCCUCCAAGACAGAGGGAGAGAAGGCUGCAUGGAAAUGGAUGGAGGAGAACAAGCCAGACUUCCAAUUCAAUACCGUGUUGCCGGACUUUACCAUCGGAAGAAUCCUCCACGACGAGAUCCACGGCUCAACAAUGGGCUGGGUCCGUGGCCUAACUAAGGGGGAUGUAUCUGCAUUCGGGUCAUUCGUGCCACAAUACUUCUGCGAUGUCAUUGACAUUGCACGUCUCCACGCAGCCGCCCUCCUCGACCCGAAUACGGUCUCUCAGCGACUCUUCGGGUUUGCUACUCCUGUAAACCUCACUGAUAUGAUCACAGUUAUUCGCAAGCUCCGACCUGAUAACACGUUGAUCCCUGACACUCCUGUUGACGAAGGACGUGAUCUGAGUGAAGUCAUUCCCGCCACGGAAGCAGAGAAGAUCCUGCGGGAAUUCUGUGGAUGCGAAGGGUGGACAUCCUUGGAGGAUAGCAUUGCGCAGGGGAUUGAGGGGCACUGA